GGCCGAAAAAAAUUCAAUUCCGUUCGCAACUCAGCGAAAAGUGAACCAAAAAAAAGCAGUAAAGAAAUCCGGAAAGCAGCCUGCAAAUUUGCAGAGAAAAAAAAAAGCAGAGAAUCAGCCAAGAACGCAGUUAGUUUUGCAACUUUAAAUCGCCAUUAUGUCUGAGGCCCACUUCGAUGAGUACGAGCACUACAACUUCGACCAUGACAAGCACAUCUUUUCCGGACACAGCGGCAAGCAGCGCAACAAGAGGGAGGCUAAUGAGCACACCAAUCACUUCGAUCCCUCCGGUCAUUCCCGCAAGAUUUUGACCAAGCUGAUGAACACCAACAACAACAACAAGAAGGCCGCCGCCUGCAAGAACUGAUGCAGGGCAUCGACGGGGGCGGUGGAGCAGGAGAAAAAGAAGUAACGGGGACACGUUGAAAGGAGAAACGAAAUCUUCGAAUUUAAAAGGAAAGCAAAGGAGAGAAGCAGAAUAAGAAGAAGAAAACAGCAGCAACUUUGCUGGAAGGAAAGAAAGAAAAACAAAAGCCAGCUGGAAAUACACAUUGCAUUUGUGUUGUGCAUUGGCUUUUCAUGCGGCGCUAAACUUUGUGAACGUUAUAAUAAUUUUAUUUCGCUUAUAAUUUCACAAACACAAAAAAAAACAACACUACUCUUAGCUUCUAAUAUAUUCCUAAACUAAUUCAGACUUGCAAGUUUUAGUUGCUAAGCAUUAGAGCGUUUCAAAUUAUGAAGUUUGAUUUAGGUAUUACUUAUAAAAUAAAGAGAAAACCAAAACUGAA